AUCAGCGCGCCAUCUGUCGUCAGCAGACGGAAUGUUCCGGAUAUGACGCAGGACGCGCCGUAUUUAAACUUGUUUUCAUUAUCACGGAAGUGGAACAGACCGUUUUCACAGGCUGAUGUUGAUAUACCUCCACACCUAGGCGCUCAUUAUUGUUGUCACCUCACUCCAGACAUGGCAGCGAAAGGGGCCAAGGAAACCAUCGUGAAUAAACUGGGCUUUAAAAGCAGCAGCAGCUCCAGGUCAGUGGAGAUCGAGAUGGAGAAACUGAAGAGAGAGAACCAGCAGCUGAAGAAGAGUCUGCAGGACAUGAAGAAACAUCAAAACACACAACCAGACUCAGACAAAACCAAGCUCCUGGAGAGGAUCUUGUCUCUGGAGACGCUGAGGGAGAGGAGCUCACAGCAGCUGCUGGAGAAGGAGCAGGAGAUCUCAGGUCUCAGACAGCAGCUGCGCUCCUCUCACGGAGAUGUGGUGUCUUCACUACACAGCCAGCUGGAGAAGAAACAACACGAGGCUGAACAGAGAGAGAGACAGCUCCAGGCGCUCUCACAGGAGACCCAAGACCUGAAGAACAAGUUCUGCGCUGUUUCUGAGAGGUGUGACACGCUUGAGAAGAUACAGCUUCCGUCGGGUGAGCUUGCGGUGCUUCAGGAGCAGCUGCGAGACGCUCUGGAGAAGAACCAUAACUGGCUUGUGUAUGACCAGCAGCGGGAGGCCUACGUUCAGGGCGUUUUGACCAGGACCAAAGAGUUAGAGAUGCAGUUAAAUGAAGCAAAUCAAGCACUCCAACAACAGCACAAAGAAGCCAAUUCAGAUUGUACAAAGCUUUUAAAACAAUACUCACUCAGAAUGGGGUCUACGGCUCAGCGUGAGCUGGAGGCCGAGCGCACACGAGUCAGCCGAGUGCAGACAGAACUGGAGGAUCUGAGAGGAAGGUAUGAGGAGAAGAGCAGGGAAGCGGCUCAGGCGCGGGAGGAGAGGAAGCGUGAGCGGGAGGCUCUGCAGGAGGAGAGGAAGUGUUCAUCAGAGCGAAGCGCUCGACUGCAGGCAGAGCUGGAGGAGGAGAGGAGGAGGGUGGCCGAACUACUCAUGCAGGUGAAUCUACUGCAGAAAUCCCUGAUGAAUCAGCAGGAGGAGAAGAAAAGAAUCACCGUUUUGGAACAACAGAUCCAGUUGUCGGCCAAAGAAUCUGAAAGUGAUAAACUGGACCGUCAAUCUCUACAGCACCAGCUGCAGAAAGUUUUGAAAGAGCUUCGUAAGGCCAGAGACCAGAUUACACGCCUGGAGACUAAACAGCAGAGAGAGUCUCGCUUCUCUGAGCCCAGCUCCUAUAACAGGAUGGAUUUUGACAGAUUGACUGUUCAAGAUCACACCAUGUCUCCAUCUAAAGUCCAUAACGUACUAGAUGAGAGUAUCCUGGAGUGUCCAAACUGUGGCGCUUCAUAUCCCACCAGCCAGCACCGAGAGCUGCUAGCCCACCUGGACUACUGCUUCAGCUAAAACACACGCUUCUCAAACACUUUGUGUGUAAACUUCAUUGUUUAGGGCGCUUUUUGACUUUUUAUUGUAGCCACCAUUCC